GCGUCGUCACAGACACACACGAAAAGAAAAGCAUAUGGCGUCGUACGUUACUGUUUUCGCUUGACAAAGGGGUCGUUUCGUGGCGUUUAUUUCGAGUGUCGCGGUUCGAAAUUCGCGAAAAUCUGACCCCGGGUGCCGUUCAGACGCGGCCCGCGGACGUUCCCGUCGAAUCGGUCCUUUUAUCUCGCGAGUUCGCGCCGUUUACGUAUGUUGAGUUAUUGUUGACGAAUAUAAAUAUUAAAAAGUAUAUACACACACACCGACCUGUGAUAUUAAAAUUAGUUAUUAUACAUUAAGGAUUUCUUUAUACACGUUUUUCGAUUAUUUAUUGUACAACAACGCAUUAGCAUAGAGGUAGCGAGUGGUGAGUGUAAAACGAAGCAUGUCUGAGGGGGAAGUUGAAGCUGUAUCUUCGCAGCCGAACAGCGACAGCGACGAGAUGCAGCCGAAGAGCGAAGACGAGCUGAUCCAGGGCAUGAGCGUCGGUGAAAUAGAUCCCGCGAUCUUGAUCGUGAGGGAGAAGGAUAAGAUUCGCUAUACCAAAGAGGAACUGAUUGAGAUCGGCAAGUCGCCCGCUUCCACGAGGAAGCCGCCGUUCUUAGACCCGGCCGAAGUGUCUCACUCGAUGCUGAAGCUCGAGAAGUGGAACCUAGAUCGGAAAAAGUCGGAGACGCCUUCCGAGAAUGGUUCCAAAGCGAGUGACGGGGCCGACCAUAGGCGACGUUCCGGGGACCCGCGGGAUCGUAUCCGCAAGGAGAACGACGGGAUCGUGCUGAGCCCCCAACGGCGGAGCUUCAAUUCCGGGUGUUUCGUGCCGGUCAAUCGGGAAACGGCGCGUCAGAAUCGUGCUCACAGCCCGUUAGGUAAAAAGGAUCCGUCGUCCCACAUGGGGGCACGGGAGAUUCAGCAGUCCGGGAACCGGCGUAUUGGGAGCGGGCGCAUCCUGCGCGAUUCGUGGGACCUGGGGGACAAAUCCGACUCCGCCGACGAUUUCGGCUUCGGCAGGGGCCCCGAGAAACGGGAGGACAAGGCCGCCGAACGCAGGUCCUUCGGCAGGGAGUUCGAGUCGAAUAGGGAAAAGGAGAAGGAGGGCGGAGGCGGCGGCAGGAGGAACGGCCGCUACAGCGAGCGGCGUCGUUUUUCGGAGGUGAACCGCGACGAAGAACCCGAAUGGUUCUCAUCGGGUCCGAUGUCCCAGAAUGACACUAUCGAGCUGCGCGGUUUCGACGACGCCGACAAACCGCUGAAGAAGAAGUCGUCAUCGCAGGUAAAACGCGCGAAUGAGCGCGCCAAAGAAUGGUCGAAGAAGAAGAACGCAGAGGCGCAGCAGCAGCAGCAGCAGAUGACCAUCGCGGAGGAGAGGGCGGAGGGCGACAAGAGCGAGCCGAAGGGCAGGUCCACGCCGAACCCGCACGACUGCGCCAAGAUGGACCAGCAGAAAGGAAAGUCCACCAAGGAAGGCGCCGACGAAACGGGCGUCGCCGAUGACCAUCGGCCGCCCAACGAACAUUCCUACAGUUUCGAGGAGAUCCUCAAGUGCGAGAACAUCACCGGUUUGCUGGCGAACGGGGUCGGCGGGGAAGGCGACAAGGGCACGUCGCGGUUCAGUCGAUGGUUCAAAAAGGACAGCCCUGAACGGGCGGAGUCGAUCUGCCGCUCGUCGAUGCAGGAGGACAACCAUAUCAUUAAGGACCUGCUGAAGGACAUUAACGAGUCGGGCUCGGUCACCAUCGGCGUCCGUCCGCCCGGCGAUUCGGACUCGUAUUUCGCGCCCAUAUCGCCGGCCGCGAGUACCAAUGUGGGCGCGUUCGGCCAGAAACACCUGCAGCGCGGCGUAGGCCAGUCGCUCAACAUCAUGGAGAUGCUCCAGAUGGGCUCCAAGCCAGACAUCGGCAGGGAUUUCGGUCAGGGCAAGCAGCCAGCUGUCCCCGGUAAGAUUCUGAGUUUGGAUGAGCUAGAGGCGAAGAUCCGUCAAAAUCCUGAAGCUCCGGUCGCCCCAAACGCGGCCCAUACGAAGCUGCAGGCACAGCCGCAGCAGCAGCCAAAACCUGAUAAGGAGAUGGCCGCCUCUUUCAAGAGGCUGCUGGCGCAGGCGCAGAACGGCCCGAUUCAGAAACAGCAACCGAUGAGCCUCCUGGAGAUGCUCAGCCACUCGCAGCAGCAGGACGAGGCGAGGAUGGCGGCCGCGAUCAACCAGCAACGCAUGGGAGGGAACGUGGCAGCAGCUGCUGCGGCGGCCGCCGCGGCCGCCGCCAUGCAACAGCAACAGAUGGAGAUGCUCAACAAGCUGAUCAACGCGGGAGUGGCGCCGCAGAUGAGGGCGUCGCCGCUGAUGGACAUGGGCGUGCAGCAGAGCAGGGAGCUGCUUAACAGGCCCGAGGCUCAAGCGAUCCUUCAAGGUCUGAAACGGUACGAGAUCACGACUCAGCAUCUGCACCAGCAACUGGCGAAUCCAGCGUUGCAACCUCGCCAUCGCGACAUGCUGAUCUCGAUACUCAAGUUGCAUGGCAACAACGCUGGCGGCGGGGGGUACGGGGUGAGCCCGCGAGUGCUCAGCCCGGUACCGCCGCCGCCGCCGCCCCACCACGUCUAUCAACAGCAACAGCAACUUCAGCAGCAGCAGCAACAGCUCAGGGUAUCGCCGUUGCCGCCCAACGCUUACCGCGUCUCACCCAUUAUGGCCACGAGCCCCAAUACCUUAGCGGUUCCCGCAAUGCACCAGAGGAUCCCAUCGCCGCGCGAGCUCCAAGUCCACACCCAAAACAUUCUGCAGAGGGCGCUAAUCAAGAAGAAACUCGAGGAACAAUCAGAGAACUACCGCAAGAAGCAGGAGAUGCAACGUGGCGCGAGCCCGAACCCGGGCAGUUCCGGCGCGCAGGCGUCGCCUAAAAGCGUCGCAUCGCCCACCCCUCUAGCGUUCACGCCGACGUCGGUGCUGCGUAAGAUGACCGCCGACAAGGACGAGGGCAAGGAGAACAAAGCUUCGGGCGAGAAACCAAUCGGACGUCCGCUCACGGGCGGGAUGCGUCCGCAACAGCAGCAGGUGUCCGCGCAGCAGUGGAGCGGCCAGCAGUUUCCCGUGAAACAGGGACGUCCGAUCGUAAAAGCGAACGCGAAUUAUCAAACCCAGACAGCCGAGCAGUUUUUUUCGCAAGCUCAACAACAACAGCGCCUGUACAACCAGUCUAACAUGUCGCUGAACAGUCAGCAACAGCUGCAGCAACGAAAGCCGAUGGUUUCGCAACAGCAGUAUCCGGCUGCGCAGCAGCAGCAACAACAGUACGGGAGCUCCUCCGCGCAGUACCAGUCUAACCCUCAGUCGUUCUCGCAACAGCAGCUCACCCAGCAACAGUUGAGGGCGCAGCAUCAGCACAGGCCGCAGCAACAGCAGCCGCAGGGUCAGAGCAACGGGAACCCGCAGCAGCAGCAGCAGCAGGGGUUCCAGCAGCAGGGCAACAACGGUACCGCUGACGCGGCGUGGCAGCAAUUUCUCAAUACUGCCGCCCAGCAGCAGAGCGGCCGCCCAGCCAACCCGUCGGCGAUCUCUCGCAACGACGGCGCCCUCUCGCCGACUACGUCGAACCAGCUGGCGCGCUGGUUCUCUCCCGACCUGCUGGAGAGGGCGCGCGGGGGCAAACUGCCCAGCACUGCUAAUUUGGCGCGCCACGCCCUCAGCCUCGAGGAAAUCGAGCGUCAGGCGGCUCCGCCCGUCCACAAUUAGGUGUCGGGCUCCGCGCGUUACCCCUCGACCGCCGACAACGGUCGCCAUUGUUAACGACGGGAAAAGCAUUUCCCAAACGUUCGUAAGUCCUAUAGUAGGUGACCUGUCAAUUUUUCCCCCCACCCCCAGGAGGUGAGAACGGAAAACCGACGCCACUGGUCCUGAUGUCGUCGUCCCCGGUCUUGUAAAUAGCCGAAGCUCUUUGUGAUAGCCGGGGGGCGGGGAGGGGUCGGGAACAGGCAUCCAUUUUGUUUUGUAUAGAUGAUAAUAGUCGGGCCGUCUCAAACUAAAGAGGAAAUUUUUGCUUUUCGAGGAACGAUUUUUUUUUUUUGUAACGGGAUGAAAAAUAUUUUUACGUUCGGUUUGAUGUUGCACAGGAUUUUCCGUUUCAUUUUGGUGUACGUGUUGAUAAUUGUAACCGUUUUGAAAGAUUACUAUGAAAAAUACAUAUUAAAAGUAAAUGUGUAAGAAGCGCCGAAAAUGCGUUCCUUUCUCUUGAACAUUCCAACGGCGCACUUUCGAACCGCUCCUCCUCCGUCUUGGUUUUUUUUCUCCUUGGAUCGUCAACGACGCCGCGGCAGAAGUCCGGAACCGAUCGUAUCUAAAGAGAAACUGUGAAAUGGUUUUUUUUUCUUGUAAAUAUGAAAUUGUCGCAUACUUAUUUGACAUUUCUUUCGAAACUGUAAUAAAUCGAUUAAAGAUUGG